CGCCGCUCCUACUGGCUUAGGAGGCGAAAUCCAAUAUCUCUGGACGCUGCACAAAGACUUCCCUGAACCGGAACCAGACCCUGACUUAAAUCAUCACUGACUAGAGCAGAAUUCAGUUAUCUGCGCAACAUAUCUGCUGAAAGAAUGGCUGCAGUUAUUACAAGCUACGUACUUGUGAAAGGUUCGGUUCAUGGAUCCGACUGCACCGUUUUUGGUCUCGAGCCUCAGGACGAAGAGCAGCUCCUCUCCCAAUACCAGUCCGGAGGAAAUGUCAUGAAUGGAAAAAUUGUGAAAGGAUCCACGAUUUCCAUCCUCAAUUUAUUGGCACGCCUUGGCUUCAAAGUUAUCAGCAGCACCGGUGAGACAGACACCACUUGGACCCUUGAAGUUCGAAGGACAGUUCCUCCUCAGCAUCCUACUUUGACAGUCACCUCUUCAAAGAAAUUAUUAACUAUGACUUCUCACAAGCACCAUAAUUGCCUUGAACAUGCACCUGCUCAAUCAACUUUACAUCAAUCACUUGACGAAAUGGAUUUUGAAAGAGGAAUUUGGCCUGCUGCUCUUGAUGGGGAUUUGAAAAUGAUUGAAGAUUUUUUGCUGAAGGAUAGCAGUUGGGUGAAUCGGCCUGAUGCAGCCGGCUACACAGCACUCCAUUAUGCCGCUAAGGCAGGCCAUUUAAGCGUCUGCGAAAAGCUCCUUAUUUCUGGGGCCAAUGUAGAUGCUACAACUAAAGCUGGUCUGGCAACACCUCUGCAAAGAGCGGCCAUGUGUGGAAAAUAUGAUGUGUGCCAGCUGCUAUUGAGCCGAGGGGCAGACGUCAAUAAGAGGGAUGUGGACGGGAAAACUGCCCUGUCAAGAGCAAAAUCAAAUUGCCAUCCAAUUGUAGCAGAACUUUUGAUUGAGUGUGGUGCAGUGCUUUGAAUCACUUUACUUUUGCUUGCUUCACUUUUUCAUUUACUCUUACUUUUAUGUUUGUCAUUUCGGGAAAAUUAGCUGCAGUGCAACAGAUGGUUGAGUGUAAAUAUAUGUCCGAGCAAUAUGUAGAUUCAACAUAAUGAAUUGAGUGCAGGCCCUGCAUUUUAAAAUAUAGUUAAAACAAUGAAGGUGAGAAAUAAAAUUAUGAAAUGUAUUUUCAAGUUCGCUUCGUAGAAUAGAAUUAAUCUUAGAGAAACUAAAUUUUUCUUGCCAGCUAACUUUGUCAGUGCAAAAAGUAGAAAUAAAUCAAUCUAAUUGAUUCUUGCAGAAUGUGAUUGUUAAUUUAUAAAUUACCUUCCAACCAAUAAUUGAAUUAUCCAUC